GGGGCUUUACCACACUGGCUUUACAACCCUAGGCCUGUGGUGACCUCGGUGCAAGACUACUGAUUGUGACUCGCUCUUGCAGAUAUCUUGUUCGACGGGUCGUGCCUUAACUAUUUGUAGCCCUCUGUGAACGAAGGACUGACGGAGCCCCAAGAAUGAACUUAAGGACACUUCUAGCCUACGGACUCGCCACAGGAGUCUUCACCACACUGUUGUUGUUCACAAUUCACCAAUAUAAUUCAUCCCAUGUCGCCCGGAGAGGACAUGAGAGACAAGUAUAUCAAGCCAACCUACCAUCAGAGAAUACACUUAGGUCUGAAGAACAGAUGAGAAGGACUGUUAUACAAGUUCAGGAAGGCGUCCCAGCUACUUGUGUGCCGCAGAAGAAAUUCGCCUUUAUUAAGACUCACAAGACAGGCAGUACAACAACUAUCAACAUCUUCCAGCGUUACGCCAUUUACAACAAACUGAAGGUACUGAUGCCAGUGGGACAGGGUCCGCUUAGUUGGCCGUUCCCCCCAAAAGAAAAUGAGUACGUCCACACGCCAGACGAAAAGUACGACGCACUGAUGCACCAUUUUGUCUACAACAAGACGUGGCUACUGACCAAGUUUCCAUCGGAGACAAAGUACAUAUCUAUAAUAAGACAUCCAUUCGGUCAUCUCAAGUCUCAGAUGAAUUACUUCACACUGGCAAAGGUUCUUAAGAUAAAAGGUCAUGGAAACGCCGUGAAGGUGUUCUUGCAUGACCCCUGGCAGCACAGGAACAGGUCCGAAACAUUCUUCCCUCACGUGAACAUCACGUGGGACGGGACCAGGAACCCCAUGACCUUUGACAUGGGGUGGCCGGCCGAGAGGGCAGAUGAAGAAGAGGAAGCUCGCGAGUACAUCAGCCAGUUAGACGCUGAGUUCACACUCGUGAUGAUCCUAGAACACUUGGACGAAUCGGUUGUUCUUCUACGACGUCUUAUGUGUUGGGGUCUCCGAGACAUUCUAUUAUACUCCAAGGUGAAGAACUCACGCCCUUACCCGUAUAAGAAUUACGUGGCAACACCAGAAGAACUGGAGAACCACCGUAACUGGAGCGCCGUGGAUUACAUGUUGUACAACACGUUCAACAACUCACUAUGGCGAAAGAUCAACGCUCAGGGUCAAGAUUUCUACGACGAGCUGAACUAUUACAGACGCAUGAAGCAUAGAGUCAGUGACCACUGUGCUAGAAUCGGCAGAAAAAGGAAAGGGCAGCCCAUGGUCAUAUCCCCAUCAAAAUGGAAUGCUCAAUUUGAAGUGGACACGACGUACUGCAGGUACAUUAAAAAAAGAAAGCCGAUGCCCCUGGACAGGAAGAUGAGAGGACGAAAAUAUACCAAAAAAGAGAUGAGCUACGCUGUUAUCGAUCAAAUCAUUAACUACAGGCUUUUGCGCAAGGGACUUCCAACAUUCAAUAAUAGACAUGAUGCCUUUGCGGCUGGCAUUACGCACUUACGCUCAAAACCACGCGUGGAAAAACCGCCUGCAUAAUACCGUAUAAUGUGUCGUAUGACGUAUACUUUCCAUAUUAAUCAGUAUGGCUACAUGUAGCUUAGUCGUAGCAUAUUUUGCUGUAUAUAUAGACUACAAUAACUAGAGUGUACUUUUUGUAGUUAGUUCCAAAUAUAGUGACUACACAUGGACCAAAUUUCAGGAAGCUAUUCUAAAGUGAGCUCUCUAAUAUCAUUACAAAAUAUCAACCUGAAAUGUCAUCUGUGAUGACCUGGUAAAAGUAAUUCCGGAUGAAAUUAAUUUUAAUUUACUUUAAUUUACAAGACAAAAAUUGGACUUACCCAAAAUGUCGUCUCUUCAACUCCGGUCUUGGAGGUCAAGGAAUAGACAAUCCACUGGUUCUCAGUGACGUCAUGUAGGAAGCACACGUGACUACGCGAGCAGUGGAUCAUAAGUUGCAGGGCGUCUAUGGCACCCACCGUCUCUUUUUAUGGAUGGUUGUAAAGCUCUGAUAUAGAUGGCUCCUUUCAUCGAUAUAACAUUUGUCCAGGAUUCUCACUUCGUCCAGUAAGACCGUGUGAAGAAAUUUCUCAGGUUGUUUUCUCUUAUGUAUAUGUAGAUAGGCGCCAUAAAAGACAACUUUGCAACAGGAGACAGACUUGUCCUUGUAAAAAAAUGUCCAUCCCGUUGUUUACAUUACAUAUGACAGAAGAGAAUUCAUCAUUGAAUGAUACGAUAAAAAAUCAAUAGUUCAACUUUGCUAAAAAUAAGUUAAACAAGCUAGGAGCAAGCACGCCGCCGUUCCCUUUAAUUUUGCAAUCAAGCCAUGUUGAUUUGAUUAUAUGGAUGACAUCUACGCGUGCAU